UCUCAUUUCUCCGGCAGCCAGUCGUUCUAGUCUCGCACCCAGUACUCGCCGCCAUGCCGCCGGCGGGGAGCAUUGUCGUCGCUUCCAAGUCCACAAGGCCAGUCCUAAGGAUGGGCCAGCGGAGAAGGAAGGAGGUUCCAAGCAACUCGCGGCGGCCCCACCGCCGCACCAACGCCGGAACGAAGCAGAUCAGACGGCCGCCGGAACCUGAUUCAUUCUCAUCCCCGGAAGUAGUGGCGCAGCGUCUGGAGGUUCUGAGGAGCCUCGUUCCGCGGGGAAUCAGCCGCACGAAGGAGCCGAAGAUGGACGCGGCUGCGGCGACGGCCGCCGACAUGCUUUUCGAUGAGACGGCGGAGUACAUCCUGCUUCUCAGGAGCCAAGUGGAGGCGCUCAAGCGGAUGCUGGACGCUGUCUGCAUGGAAAAGAAUCACGACGACGCAUGAACAAAACUAGAAUUCAAAUUUCUUGAAAUUAAUCUCCAGUCCACUACAAUCUUCUCCUGUUGAUAAUUCUACAAUUUCUCAAGAAAAUGAGGAGAUCGGUUGCUUUCCAGGAAAAGACGAAGGAGGAAUCUCUGAUGGGCCCAAGCUUUCUUUUGCAGAUGUAAUAUAAUAAUAUGAGCAUGUGCAGGUACUUACAAUUUUACUGCAAAUGAAUAUGAAUAAAGAUUUGCAAAAAUAUAUAUAAUA